AGACUCACAUAUUAACUGCUGUCAAUUCAUAUGUAUGACUUUGUAGGUGUGCAUAUAAGACUGUACGUAGGUUACAUAGCACAUAUAUUGAAAAUAAACAGGAAAAUAAUUUAAAAUUCAAACGAACGAACCAAUCAGCUUUCACUUUUCAUUUUGCGCUCGAUUGCAUUUUCAUUUUUGUAAAACGAACAUUGUUUCCCGUCUUUUUAUUCCUUAAUUUUUUCCUCAUUGGUUUAUCAGUAAUUGCCCUACUUAAUCGAAACCAGAAGCGAUAGUCCAGUAUCAGCUUUAUCAUUGUGCAUUGCGUUACACAUUCGAACGAUCACAUGAAGCGCAUUUGCUGCUGCUCCUCCGACGGGGAUUGUUGUUUGAAGGGUGUUAUCAUGAAAAGGUUAUUUAAGAGACACGCUAGACGUUACGAACUCGAUCACAGUUGCCUUUACGAAAAUAAAAUCAACGAUUAUGUUAAUGGAAAUGAAGUGCAACAACAAGAAUCAGAUAUUGCAAAUAAAUACACAAGAAGAAAAUCAGUGUUUGCAGAACAGUAUAAUCCUGAAGAGGAUGACGAUGAUGAGACCGAAAAGAUUGUCCAUCCAAAAACAGAUGAGCAAAGACAGAGAUUGGGAGAAGCAAUCAAAGAUAUAUUAUUAUUUCGUUCAUUAGAUCAGCCACAAAUGCAAGAAGUUUUGGAUGCCAUGUUUGAAAGAAAAGUAGAAACUGGCGAUAUCGUCAUUAGACAAGAUGAUGAUGGAGAUAACUUUUAUGUUAUUGACAGGGGUAUUUUUAAUAUUUAUGUGAAAAAUGAUAAAGGAGAAAAUGUCUUAGUUGGAAAAUAUAAUAAUUCGGGAAGUUUUGGUGAAUUGGCUCUCAUGUAUAACAUGCCGAGAGCGGCAACCAUCGAAGCAGCAUCUGAAGGAGCUCUUUGGGCCAUGAAUCGACAGACCUUUCGUCGAAUUGUUCUGAAGAGUGCUUUUAAGAAGAGAAAAGAGUACGAACAGUUACUGGAAAAAGUUCCAAUGCUUAAAACUUUAGAGAAUUAUGAACGAUUAAAUUUGUGUGACGCAUUAAUGCCAAAAACAUUCCAAGAUGGAGAUAGGAUUAUUAAGCAGGGGGAUGAGGCAGAGGAGAUGUAUUUUGUUGAAGAUGGAACAGUAAGAAUUACAAUAGUAAAAGAGGGUUGUGAUAAAGAAGUGGAAGUUUCCAGACUUACAAAAGGAGGAUAUUUUGGAGAAUUAGCCUUAGUGGCACAGAAACCCAGAGCGGCAUCAGUAUAUGCAGUAGGAACUGUUAAAUUAGCAACAUUAGACGUGCAAGCAUUUGAGAGGCUACUUGGUCCUUGUAUGGAGAUUAUGAGAAGAAAUGUGGAUCAUUAUCACAAGCAAGUCAUUGCCAUUUUUGGUUCAGAAGACAAUAUCAGUGAUGUACGAUGAUAAUUUAACUUAGUCCAAGUUUUUUUUGGCUCAGUAUUCAUCUAGUCACAGAUAUACACUUUUUAAAAAGAUCAUCACAGAUUUAAAUAACAACAAAAAAAUAAUAACUAAUAAGGCAGUAUUUCUUUAGAAUGAUGCAUAUUAGAAAGGAAAAAGUAAAUUAAAUUAAAUAUUGAAUUGCUUUCAAAUUUCAGACUCAGUUCAAUUGUUAUACUCUCACGUCUUGCAUAAUAACUUGGAGUUAAAUUUAAAAAUAAGAGAAAAUUCCCACAGAAAUCAUACAACAGAGUUGAUAUUUAUAAAGUUUGCUAUCGGAAUUAACGAUAUUUAAUAAUUAACAAUAAUAAACUUACGAUAAUGCACGAGCCAUUCUACUUAAAGGUAAACCUAGUUCCGACGUGGUUUGUUCGUUUAAAAACAAUU